AAGCAUUGCCAAUAAUAAGAAUACAUGUGAAUGAAAAGUAAGAGAAAAGAAGAUAAAUAUUUGAUAGAUUUCAAAUUUUUAGAAGCAAGUUUGCCAAAGUUCAAACCAAGAUCAAGAGGUAAUGUGACUUCCUCGAAAUGAUGGUGCACUGAUAAAAAAAAUCAAGGAAAACAAGGCACAAUACUGACCAGAUUGAGGAAAACAAUGAAGGAACACAUGGUGCAAUGCUUUGAGUAAUCUAACAAGACCUGAUUCAACUUUAGAAAAUACUAAAAGUUAAGCACAAAACAGAACCCCGAGAAGAAGGUGGUGGCAGUGCUGCAGUAUUGUUGGAUAUCUUUAAUAAUUUCCCGGUGUUUUCUCUCCCUUUACUUGCUUGCAUUCAAAGGGACUAUACAUGUAAUAGAGUAUACUCACUGGCAGCAUUUGGAGAGUCUAAGACUGCAAACACACAGGUGAGAGAAAGAGAGAGACCCGAUGCAAACACAAGAAGGUUUUUGAAAUUUGAGGCAAUUGCCAAUGCCGAUGUCGAGGCAAACCUUCAACAUCCAAAACCACCACCCAAUGCCGAGGCAAUCCUUCACAACCCAACACCGCCACUUUCAAGUCUUCCUCCUAAUCCUUACGUUUGUAUCACUAUCAGCUUCUGCUGCAAACAAUGAAGUUCAUACUCUAGUUUCAUGGCUUCACAGCUCUGGUUCGCCGUCAGCUUUCUCAAACUGGAACCCUUUAGACCCCAACCCUUGUUACUGGUCUUAUAUCACAUGUUCUUCCGAUAACUAUGUCAUUGAGAUCGAUAUUCAAUCCACUGAGCUGGCACUUCCUUUCCCUUCUAAUCUUUCCUCCCUCCUUUUCCUCCAAAAGCUCACCAUUUCAGGAGCGAAUCUCACCGGAACAAUACCAUCAGAUAUUGGGGACUGUAAGCAUUUGACAGUGAUUGACGUUAGUUCAAACAGUCUUAUUGGGAGCAUUCCUCCUACUAUGGGGAAGCUCCAAAAUCUCCAAUAUUUGAUUUUGAACUCUAACCAGUUAAUCGGGGAGAUCCCACCAGAACUCGGUAAUUGCACAAACCUUCUGAAUUUGCACCUAUUCGACAACAAUUUAAGCGGGAAACUUCCAGUUGAGCUUGGAAAGCUGCCCAACUUGGAAGAAAUGCGUGCAGGAGGGAACAAGGAUAUUGCAGGAAAGAUUCCCGAUGAGCUUGGCAACUGCCUGACUUUGAAGGUACUGGGCCUAGCUGAUACGAAGAUAUCUGGCUCAAUACCUGCUUCACUUGGUAAACUAAGCAAGCUUCAGACACUAUCGGUAUAUACUACCAUGCUUUCGGGGGAGGUUCCGCCAAACAUAGGAAACUGUUCAGAGCUUGUUGACUUAUUUCUCCAUGAGAAUGCUCUCUCCGGUUCCCUGCCACCAGAGCUGGGUAAGCUUCAAAAGCUGGAGAAAAUAUUACUCUGGCAAAAUAGUUUUGAAGGCAAAAUACCAGAAGAAAUUGGAAACUGCAAAAGCUUGAAGGUCAUAGAUCUUUCCUUGAAUUUUUUGACAGGAAGCAUACCACAGUCUUUUGGAAACCUUUCAAAUCUCGAAGAGCUUAUGCUUAGCAACAAUAACAUGUCUGGUUCAAUCCCAGCAGUUAUUUCUAAUGCUUCAAACCUCAUACAGUUACAGCUUGACAACAAUCAAAUAUCAGGUUUGAUUCCGGCUGAGCUUGGGAUGUUGACGAAGCUAACAGUCUUCUUUGGUUGGCAAAACAAACUCGAGGGGAGCAUUCCAUCAGAGCUGGCAGGAUGUGCAAGUCUUGAGGCUAUAGAUUUGUCGCAUAAUGCACUAAGUGGCAGCUUACCUCCUGCUCUGUUUCAGCUUCAAAAUUUAACAAAGCUUCUCAUAAUUUCUAAUGACAUUUCAGGUUCAAUCCCCCCAGAGAUUGGUAAUUGCAAGUCUCUCAUUCGGCUUCGGCUUAUAAAUAAUAGGCUUAGUGGAGAAAUCCCAAAAGAAAUUCAAUUCCUUAAUAAUCUCAGUUUCCUUGACUUGUCCGGAAACCAUCUCAGCGGGAUGGUACCGAGUGAAAUUGGAGAUUGCACUGGGUUGCAGAUGCUAAACCUGAGCAAUAAUAGCCUUGUAGGCACUUUGCCUGGCUCUUUAUCUUCUCUCACAAGACUUGAGGUACUCGAUGUGUCGGUGAAUCACUUGGUGGGCAAGAUUCCAGGAAGUCUCAGUCAACUUACUUCACUUAACAGACUCAUCCUCAGUAGCAAUUCUUUCUCCGGAGUAAUCCCCUCAUCUCUGGGACACUGUUCCAGUCUUCAACUGCUUGAUCUCAGUAGCAACACGUUCUCGGGAACAAUCCCCAUGGAGCUGUUUCAUAUUGAAGCUCUUGACAUUGCUCUAAAUUUGAGUUGGAAUGCAAUAUCUGGGACAAUCCCACAGCAGAUUUCUGCUCUCAACAAGCUAUCCAUACUAGACCUUUCACACAAUAAGCUCGAAGGGGACUUGGUGGCACUUUCUGGGCUUGAAAACCUUGUGUCUCUGAACAUCUCAUACAACAACUUCACCGGUUAUCUUCCAGAAAGCAAGCUAUUUCGACAAUUAUCAGCAACAGAAAUUGCAGGGAACAAAGGUUUGUGUGUAGGAGGACGUGAAUCAUGUUUCCUAAGCGACAAUUCAAUAACGGGAAUGCCAAAUAACAGCAGUUUCAAGCAGUCACAGAGAUUUAAGCUGGCCAUUGCAUUGCUUAUUGCCUUCACAAUAGCAAUGGCAAUUUUUGGGGUUGUGGCAGUUUUUCGGGCUAGAAAAAUGACAGGAGAUGAUAAUGACUCUGAAAUGGGAGGAGAUUCAUGGCCUUGGCAAUUCACUCCAUUCCAAAAGCUAAAUUUUUCGGUUGAGCAAGUUUUGAAAUGUCUGGUUGAGCCCAAUGUAAUUGGAAAGGGAUGUUCAGGUAUAGUAUAUCGUGCAGCACUGGAAAACGGGGAAGUAAUAGCAGUGAAGAAGCUUUGGCCAUCAACUGCUGCAGGAUAUGAAAGUCAAAAUGACAGGCAAGGUGUUUGUGGUUUUCGUGAUUCCUUCUCCGCAGAGGUAAAAACCCUUGGUUCAAUCCGUCACAAGAACAUUGUCAAGUUCUUGGGUUGUUGCUGGAACCGAAGAACCAGAUUGCUUAUGUAUGACUAUAUGCCAAAUGGGAGCUUAGGCUGUCUUCUUCAUGAACGGACUGGCGGAUGCUUGGAAUGGGACAUUAGAUAUCGGAUUGUCUUGGAGGCAGCUCAAGGCUUGUCUUACUUGCACCAUGACUGUGUUCCUCCCAUUGUCCACAGGGACAUCAAGGCCAACAACAUUCUUAUCGGUCCUGACUUUGAACCAUAUAUUGCUGAUUUUGGGCUUGCCAAGCUUGUUGAUGACAGAGAAUUUGCUAGGUCGUCCAACACUGUUGCUGGUUCUUAUGGCUACAUUGCACCAGAAUAUGGUUUCAUGAUGAAGAUAACAGAGAAGAGUGAUGUAUACAGUUAUGGGGUCGUUGUGUUAGAAGUGCUAACAGGAAAGCAACCAAUUGAUCCAACCAUACCAGAUGGACUCCACAUUGUUGAUUGGGUAAGGCAGAGAAGAGGUGGAAUUGAAGUGCUAGAUCCCAGCCUAAGGAUGCGACCAGAAUCAGAAAUUGAGGAGAUGUUGCAGACAUUAGGUGUUGCUCUACUAUGUGUGAAUCCUUCCCCGGACGACAGGCCCACCAUGAAAGAUGUGUCUGCAAUGCUCAAAGAGAUAAGGCAGGAGAGAGAGGAAUGUGGAAAAGUUCACAUGCUUCUAAAUGGAUCUCCAACAAAUAAUCAACAAGACAACAGUACUACUCAAUCAGCAUUGAUCCAACACUCGUACCCCCAAAGCAACAAUACAAGUUUCUCUGCAUCUUCGUUGCUGUACUACUCUACUUCUAAUGCGAAAACAACUCUCAAAUAAACAGUAAAGAGCUCCUCUAUAUUUCCCUAGGUAUUUUGGUGUUAGCAGAAGAUAUUCUUAUUACUAAACUGCAUCGGACUUGUGUAGAUUUAAUUUUGUAGCUGGGUUAAAUUUGAGUCCAAUAAAAUGGAAGCAGUGAAAUUCAACUUUGAUUUAAUGAUCAUAUAUGUACUAAUUGCAUCUUUCAAAUGUCCACUAACAUCAAUGAAAAAUGUCCAACUUCAAGAUCAAGUUCUUGGGUGGAAUACCUAAGACAGAAUUUCCAUGUAAACCGCCCCAAAAACGUUUUGAACUUUCCAUAUUAUGGAGAAAGUGGCAAAAAGAGUCUUUUAUUUAUCUUUACAGUUCUAGUUAACAUUGUGUGUAGUGCAGAUAAAGCUAUACAUUGCAAUUAUGUUGGUCUUCACAUUGCUACGCAAUUGAAUUCAUCUUGGUACAUCCCUCCAUCUCAAGUGAAAGGUCAAGCUAACACAACUUAGAUAUGACAACGGACAACGUAUACGCAUAUUACAUCUCAUAAAACUACAGUACAGACAUUAGUCGUUCUACUGGUAGUCAAAGAUAAAUCCAAGAGGAUUUAUUACAUACAGUCUACUUGCUUUAGUUCCUGAUGGCAUUAACUGGGAGGCAGAUGCAAAUAUAAUCACUCUGAAUUUCUAAAAUCAAGCUAAAAGUACCUGAUAAUAAGCAUUUCACUUCCAUUCUAUAAUUAUGUAUUACCAGACUAUAACGAGGACCAAGCAACCAAGUAUAUGAAACGAUGGUCAAAUCCAAAGCUUCUAACAUGUAAAUUUUCCAAAUUUGCUUUCUACACCUUGAAUUAUGCCGAUGAAAUUGACGAAAAAUAUAGGUGCUCGGGGUAGAAAGCUUCAACAAAAUUUAGCAAGAACUAGAGAAUAUCCCAAUGCGACAGAUAAUUGAAGACAAACAGUAUCUGU